GUAUUUCUGCUGUACCCACCAACUCUCCAAAACUUGGUUUAUAAAUGCCACUUCCCAGCCCCCCACCCCCUAAACCCCAAAUCCAGCUAAAACGACACACUCGAGAUGAAAGUCCGAAUCUCUCCCCAUCGAAAAAUGGCUAUCAAAUCUUUACCAAAAGGUUUACAAAAGGAGGUGGACGAGACGCUGGAAGGAUUGAGUCUAGAAGAGCAAGUCUCAUUGCUCGCCGGCGCCGACUUUUGGAGAACUGUGGAGAUUCAAGGCCGUGUUGCUGGUAUCAAGGCUACCGAUGGGCCCAGCGGAGCUCGGGGGCAGUUCUUUUCUAACGGGACGAAGGCAGCAUUCUUCCCCUCUGGUGUCUCCCUCGCCGCCACCUGGGACACGAGUUUGAUCCGCAACGUCGGCGAAGCACUCAGCGAAGAGGCCCAGAGCAAACAGGCAAACGUCCUCCUGGCCCCGACCGCAUGCAAUCACAGGUCCCCACUCGGCGGGCGGAACUUCGAAUCCUUCUCCGAGGACCCCUACCUGUCCGGGAAACUGGCAGCGGCGUAUGUGAACGGAGUGCAGUCCAAAGGUGUUUCAGUCGCCAUGAAGCAUUUUGUCGCGAACGAGCAGGAGACGAACAGGUUCACCGUCAACGAGAUCAUCGACGAGAGGACCCUGAGGGAGAUUUACUUGAAGCCGUUUGAGAUUGCGAUGAGGGAUGCGGGUCCCUGGGCAAUUAUGUGCUCUUAUAAUGCUGUUAAUGGGGCGACAACAUGCGGACGUCAACGACUUCACUAUGAAGCAAGUGCUUCGGAAAGAAUGGGGAUACGAUGGGCUGGUAAUGUCUGA